GCCGAUUAUGCUCCUCACACAAACUCCCAUCCCGCCCUCUAACCUCAACCCCAUUCAUACACCCAGGCCUCCGACACCUCGCAUGCGCCAGACAAUACCGCGAACCCCCAUUAGCAGCAGCCGGCUCCGCACACCCUUCCUGACCACAAACGUGGGCACGGCAGUAAGGCGACAGCGGCAGGUUGAGGUUGAGCCCGCCGAGCAUCAUCAUCGUCUGCGAGAGGACGACGGUCGCGCGGAGCUGCUGGCACCCGGGAGCAGAACAGUUGUGGUCCGUACAGAAGUGGCCGAGGGCAGAACGCUCGUUCUGGCAGCUGCGGUAGAUGCAGGUGUGGUCUACGCAGAGGGCGCCUCCUUCGAUGACGCGGGCGUCGCAGCCUGCUCUGCGGCAGCGAGUUGCCAAGUCUGGAGGAUGAAAAGUCAGUUUGGUUCGGUUUCGGGAGGACACGGAGGAACAGCCCAGUCGGAGGCGUAGGGGGCAAAAGACGCGGACAUGCCAAAGCCCUUUCAGAAGACAGAAGUAAAGGGGGAGAAAACACUCACGCUCUUCACACGUAUCCCUCACAUUCUCCCCAUCGAAAUGUCGAAACCGCUCACAUCCAGGCGUGCCACAAAUCCUAUGCCGAUCACAGAAAUCCCCAAUCCCCCCUUCCCUCUCACAAUCACGUCGAGCACACGUAUGCCUCACACACCAAUUCCCCAACCACCGCCUCUCCCAGCACCCCUCCCUAUCACACUCAUGCCUCUUACAAUACCGUCCCGCCGCGCCCCCCGCGUCCGCCAUAUGCGCCGUCUUGACCCUGCCACAGCCCCUGUCCUCACAUGUAUGCGUUACGCACGUACCCUCGGUGCCCGCCACCCGUCCGUUGUUACACGGCGG